UUUUCGAUUUCGUCUUUGUACUCGUCGACUUGUGUGUGAAUUUGACUGCGUUUUUUCCUUUUUUAAUUUUCAAAAUUUUAUUUCAUCGAAUUGAAAAUGCGUGAAAUAAUCUCAAUUUAUGUUGGACAAGCCGGAGCCCAAAUGGGCACAUCCAGCUGGGAAUUGUUCUGUCUCGAACACGGAAUCAAUAUGGACGGCAGUCUACAAGACCAACCAGUGAUCGACGAAAAUACGUCCACAUUCUUCAUGGAAACAUCUGCCGGUAGAUAUGUCCCGAACAGUGUUUUCGUUGACUUGGAACCAUCGGUGAUUGAUGGGAUAAGACAUGGUCCAUUAAGGACACUGUUUCGUCCGUACACGCUAUUGAGUGGAAAAGAGGAUGCUGCGAACAACUAUGCGCGUGGCCAUUACACCAUCGGCAAAGAGAUGAUCGAUAAUGUUUUAGAGCAGGUGCACAAAAUGGCCGAACAGUGCAAAGGCUUACAGGGCUUUCUGAUUUACCAUUCGUAUGGUGGAGGUACUGGUUCCGGUUUCACAACGCUAUUGAUGGAACGCUUAGCAAUGGAAUUUCCGAAGAAGAGUAAACUGGAAUUUUGCAUUUAUCCGUCGCCCAGAGUAUCAACAGCCGUUGUGGAGCCAUACAAUUCGGUGUUGACGGCCCAUGGGACACUAGAACAUUCAGAUGUGGCAUUCAUGUUCGAUAACGAGGCAAUAUUCGAUAUUUGUAAAACGAAAAUCGGCAUCGACCAACCCGGCUACGAGAACUUAAAUCGCAUCAUUGCUCAAGUUGUAUCAUCGACCACUGCUUCACUUCGGUUUUCCGGUUGCAUGAAUGUCGAUCUCAACGAAUUCCAAACGAAUUUGGUUCCGUAUCCACGCGUCCACUUUCCGGUAGUGUCAUACGCACCGUUGCACAGCUUACAAAAGGCGUUACACGAACAAACAUCGGUCGUCGAAGUUUCGAAUGCCUGUUUCGAUCGUUCCAAUUUGAUGGUCAAAUGUGAUCCAGCCAGAGGCAAGUACAUGGCCUGUUGCAUGUUAUAUCGCGGCGAUGUUGUGCCCAAAGACGUGAAUGCAGUGAUUGCUAGUCUGAAGUCGAAGCGACACAUUUCAUUUGUGGAUUGGUGUCCGACCGGCUUCAAAAUUGGCAUCAAUGACAAACGGGUGAGAGCGAUUCCGGGCACCGAACUAGCUGAAAGUUCUCGUGCGGUUUGUAUGUUGGCGAACACAACGGCUGUGGUGGAGGCAUUCAGUCGACUGAACGAAAAGUUCGAUCUGAUGUUUCGAAAGCGGGCUUUCGUUCACUGGUACGUUGGAGAAGGAAUGGAGAAAGUAUUCGGUCGAACGUAUUACCGGAGAAAUGGCGUCUUUGAUUGUGCCAAUGGUUGCAGUAAACUAUCUUAUCGUUUGGGAAUUGGUCUAUGGCUCGAUAGUAUGGCAAACGUGAGAGAAAGUCAAAUGAGUCCUAUGUCGAUGUGUACAAUAGAUUGGCACGAAUUUGUACAUGGAUUGGUUUCAGUGAGGGUCACUGGGAACAACGGGACAUUUGACUGGCUUCAAUACAAACAAGACGAAUCCAGUCGGUACGACAACAAUGCAUGCAACAUGGGGGGUGUCGCCGAGAUACCGUUUGGAAAUGUUGUUAGCUGCAAUGUUGUAAGAUCGAAUCGCAAAAUGGACGGUGUCAAUGAAAUUAUUCGCAUUGGUCAAUUGGGUCCAUUGGCCCACUUUCUGGGCAUUGGUCAAAGAAGGGAUUUUCAACGUGUUGGCAAUAUUUAUCUGCAAUUCAAUCAAGGCAAUUCGUGGUACAUUUGCGCUUAA